UUCAGAUUUGUCCUCUAUCAACUUUCCAUCGGAACAUCGACUGUACAAUGAACUUCCCACGUUUUGCUUCGAAGUGUGUUAAAUUUUUCUCUAUGAGACAGAAUUUUUGAAAAUAACACCUCAUACGUGUUUAAACUCAACAGCAUGGAAAAGCUAAACUUUUAUCCCUUCAAUAAUUUCGGUGCCACGUGUGUGCAAUCAAAGAGUCAUUGUUGUAAUCAAGUGCUGAAAGUUCAAUGGAGAAGAUACCAUCCGAUAAAAUGGAAUUCUUGCCCACGUGAAAGUGAACUGGAGUUUGGAGAACUUAGGUGAUGACAAAGUUGAUGAAGGAAAUUAAAACGAAUUUCUUUUAUGUCACGCUCUUCCCGUGAAAUCCUAUACUAGAGGCCAGCGAAUGAUGAAGAAACCGAUGGUUAAGGAUGUUGUCGUUUCCCCGAUUUCUUCAAAGGAUUCCGCAACAUCUAAAUCCAUUUUUGCAAUUGCACCGUACACCAUCGAAUUUCCCUUUUCUCGUUGAUCCGGCAAUAUUUUUCGAAAAAAAAAGUUUGAAAGCGAGAAAAAACCUGUGCGGGGGAAAAGACGGGGAGCAAUGAGAAAGGGAAAGGACCUGGUCAUAAAAAGCCGGUCAAGGCGAUAGAAAGACAUGCAUACUUGGAUAUUUUUCUUUUUACAUCGGAUCCCACAUAAACUAACAUGGCAUUGUCACUUGUAAUCUAGCUGCUAAAGAAGCAUUGUUAGCUCUUGGACCGUCUUAUUCUGCAACCAGUGCAACAGAAAGUUCAUCUCUAAUUAUUGUUUUAUAAUACAAUUUCUUUCAUCCUAAGGAUCGGAAAUUGUUCUGAAGGCAAUGAUGAGGCAAAUUGGCGAUUCGAAGGUGUCGUCUGUUGCAUCGCAUCGACCUGGUAGGGAAAUGGUCGACACAGGUGGCACUUGCGUUCAAUUGGGAGUUAUGGUCCGUGAUGCGGUUAAAUCCUACGGUGUUGGAAGUCGUCGAGCUACAGUUCUUCAAGGACUAAACAUGAGCGUUAAAAAAGGAUCAAUAUACGGACUGCUGGGAGCCAGUGGUUGCGGUAAAACGACUCUGUUAAGUUGUCUAGUGGGUCGUCGCAGCUUGAAUAGCGGAGAAAUCCUGGUGCUUGGCAAUGAACCCGGCUCUCCUAAUAGCGGAGUUCCCGGCCCAAAAGUCGGUUACAUGCCGCAAGAAUUGGCUUUAUACGGGCACUUUACGAUCAAAGAGACGCUUCAGUAUUUCGGACGCAUCUAUAAUCUGAAAAUGAGUUUUGUCGACGCUCAGGUGGAAUUUUUGGUGAAAUUAUUAGACCUGCCAUCGGGCGAUCGCUAUGUCAUGACGUUGAGUGGAGGUCAACAGCGACGUGUUUCGUUUGCAGUUGCUAUUUUUCACGAACCGGAAUUGCUCAUCUUGGAUGAGCCAACGGUUGGUGUUGAUCCAGUCCUCAGGCACAGCAUCUGGAAUCAUCUCAUCAGCCAGAGUGUCGACCAUUCAAGAACGAUUAUUGUUACCACUCACUACAUCGAGGAAGCUCGUCAGGCUAAUAUGAUCGGAAUGAUGCGUUCUGGUCGUUUGCUAGCGGAAGAGUCGCCCGAAAAUCUACUAACAAAUUACAAUCUCUCCUCUUUAGAGGCUGUAUUCCUAAAGCUUUGCAUGAAGGACGAAGGUAACGAUCAAGAUCGACAAGAACCUGAACUUUUGGAACGCACCGUAAGUUCCAGUAGUAUGCGCCGCAACGUAGCUCGGCCACAGCAACCAUCUUCAGGCCAUGACAAUAUGGCCUUUGAACGAGGAACAAGUCAGUCUGACAUAUCUGAAAUCGGCGUUGACUGUCAGCAUCUCAGGAACAGCCAUCUAUCUCAAGUUUCCUCAGCUAAUUGCAACGUGAAUGUAACUGCCAACAUUGGUACGAUUCCUACGGUGACAACCUAUGCCGGCCAAACGGACAGCACCCCUGCAAACAAUAAGGCGGCUGCCAAACGAAAAAGUCGUACAUUCAGAAUGACUCUACCUUCCCCGCGCCGUCUUUACGGACUAAUUCACAAGAAUUACUUGUUGAUGUUUCGGAAUCUCGGGAUCUUUGUUUUUCUCUACUUUCUACCGGCAUUUCAAGCUACUAUCUUUAAUAUGACUCUUGGACGCGAACCGAAGGGAUUGAAAAUGGGUAUCGUCAAUGAAGAGGUAGAUGCGAGUCUAGGCCGUGUUUGCAAUUACACGACGGAUUGCGCAUAUUCUAUGCUCAGUUGUCGCUAUCUCCGAUACAUAAAAGACAACAUUGUUCAGAUUCCGUACGAUAACGUAACAGACGCCCUUCAAGCAGGAAAAGACAAUGAAGUCUGGGGUUUCUUACAUUUCGGACACAACUUUACGGAGGAAUUUGAGCUUCGGCAAUCUGAAGGGGAUUCGGCGAAUUUGCAAAACAUUAUUCGCAGUAGGAUUAACGUCAGAAUGGACUCUACAAAUCAACAAAUUGAGGCCUUCAUCGAAAAGUGGCUUUUGGAAGGUUUUGGAGACUUCUUCAAAGAUUUUAUGGUAGCGUGCGGACAUGAGCCAGAAGCGGGUUACAUCCCAAUAGUGUUCGAAGACCCAAUGUAUGGGAAAAAAGACACCCCGUAUACCGAAUUCAUGGCUGCUGGCCUCAUUAUCUCGAUUAUUUAUUUCAUGGGAGUGUCAUUAACUGCUGGCGUCUUCGUCUCGGAAAGAAAACAAGGUCUUCUUGACCGUAGCUUAGUGGCUGGCGUGCAGAUGGUAGAAAUUUUGACGGGAUAUUUGGUCAAUCAGUUUACCGUAAUGAUUGGUCAGACGGCACUGGUUUUCCUAAUCAUGUUAUUGGUCUUUGACACUCCUUGUCAUGGGAACUUGGCUUUAGCUGUGCUUGUUACCUUUCUCCAAGGUUUCGUCGGAAUGUGUUUUGGUUUGCUGAUCGCCACCAUGUGCGAAGAUGAAAUAAGUGCUUUGUGCCUUUCCAUGUCCAGUUUUCUCCCGGCUUUAGUUAUCAGUGGGGUCUGUUGGCCGAUUGAAGGAAUGCCGUUCUAUCUCCGAAACAUCGCCUAUAGCAUGCCGAUGACGUAUGCUGUCGAAUCUCUGCGGUGUAUCUUCACACGAGGAUGGGGUGUUGAACAUCUCGACGUGGCAGCCGGAAUCUUAAUAAGCCUUGGUUGGAUUAUUGGCUUACUGGUUCUUAGCUUAGUGGUUGUACGCUUCCGUAAGUAUACAAGUUAGACUUCACUGGCCUGAGAAUAAGAAAUUCCCCAUGAUGGCCGGUUUUUGUAUAUAGCCAACAUAACCCCCCUAAAUGAUCUAUUAUAUACAUUUUUUCGUCAGAGAAAUAGUGAGAUGGGUUGCAUGUUUUCGUUAUAGAAAGUAUUUCUCAACUAUACCAGCCACUUAGGAUUGGGAGACAUGGCUGAAAGUUUUACGUUCUAUAUUUCACGCAUUAUUGAUUUUUGGAUCACCUAUCUCUCGAUUAGCCAUUUCACCUGUGUUUUAAUUUCAUCCACAGUAUUUGUGCCAUUUUAUCUGUUUAAUUAAUCUGAUUUUCUAAAAAUACUAUAAUCUGUUUGAUUGUGGUCCUACAGGGAAAACGAGCAUGCAUUCCAUUAAUGUUAUAGAUAUAUUAAUUUCUGAAUACUCCAUGUUUGAAUAAGUCGUUUAGCAAUAUUCGUCACCCUAAUCUAAUACAGCGGUGUUGAAAGUC